CCAGCAGCCUUCAGUUGUAGAAAUGGCAGCGCUGAGACAGGAGCAUCGGUAUGGACUCUCCUGUGGCAAAAUCAACAAAAACACCCCGAACCAAACUCUUUAUCACGUCAAACUCACUGACACUGCCAUACGGACCCUGGAAGCAUAUCAGAACCUGAAGGCAUCCCUAUCAAAUCAGCCAGCGAUCUGCUUCAAGGGGAGCCAGGGGUACGUGAAGAUCCCAGCGCCGACGCCCGAGUCUCCGGAUGGAUUCAGAGUCUUCUCUUUUUACCUAUCCAGUGACAGCAAAGACAAACCGCAGUCCAGCUUCGACUGCAUUCACCAGUAUGUCUCGGGGGAGGGCAGGGAUCACCUGGAGGGCCAGGGCAGCAUUCAGGACAAAAUCACAGUUUGUGCCACAGACGACUCCUAUCAAACGACCAGGGAGCGCAUGUCUCAGGUGGAGAAGGACAUCUGGAGCCGCUCAGCAAUUGAGAUCAAGCCAGGGCCAAACAAGUGUGUGAAGGUUCAGAGGAAGCCGGGUCUGGUAUCUCUGUCUGGUGACUCAGAUAGCAGCAACAAGCACUCCCCCAGCAACAAGAAGAGCCUGGUUCCCAGCCCAGUGGCCCACCGGCCCUUGAGGGAUCGAAUCAUUCAUCUCCUAGCCUUAAAGCCCUACAGGAAACCUGAGCUGCUACUGUGGCUGGAGAGGGAGCGGGCCACUCCAAAAGACAAGGCCGACCUGACCUCAGUACUGGAUGAGGUUGGUAAACUGAACCCAAAAGACCACAGCUACUCUCUGAAAGAUGAGCUCUACAGACAAGUCCAGAGAGACUGGCCUGGAUACCUAGAGGAGGAGAAGCAACUCAUCCACAGGCUCCUGAUCAGGAAACUUCAGCCACUCCACAGUAGCCAGUUGAAGAGUCCCCAGUCCAACCAUUCAUUCCACAAAACCCCGGGGGACUCUCCCUCGCAACUAAGUCCUGCCAAGAGUCUCUCUGUGAAACGCCCAUUGGCCUUGGACCCAUCCAACAUUCAAACUCCCAAAAAACAAAGGCUAUUAGACCACUGUCUGCCUCUGCAGUCGCCCUCUCACACAGACUAUGGCACCAACGGGGGUCGUAGCUCCUCUAGUCACGUACACACUAAACUGGACUUCGACAAAACCAACAAUCAUCUUCAGGGGAGCCCAAAUGGUCUGCACUCGCCACAUAAACUCAGCGGGCCAUUUACUGUUCCCAAACUGGAGAGGACAGAACCAGCCCGCACUGCACCGAGCACCAAGCCCCCACAUAACGACAGCUCCAUUUGCACUGAGCCGCAGCUCACCAAUGGCCAGCAUAAAAAGAAAAGGUCCAAAAAACACAAAGACAAGGAACGAGAGCGCUUAAAACCAGACUGGAUAGAGACCAGUCCGGACUUGAAGCAGAAUCAGGAUAAUCUCAAAGGCCACGAGGGAGAGAAAACACCUGUUAAUCGAACCACAGCGGAGGAACUGCCAGACUAUUUAAUAAAAUACGGCCCAAUAACGGCAGUGGAGCAGCGUCAACAGUAUAAUGACGACUUCUGUGCUGAGUACGAUGAAUACAGAGCUCUUCAUGACCGCAUUGGGGCUAUCACAGAGAUGUUUGUUCAGUUGGGCUCAAAGAUCAACACCCUCUCGCCGGGAACACAAGAGUACAAGCUUAUGGAAGACCAAAUACUACAGAAGUAUCGAAAGUAUAAGAAAAAGUUUCCUGGUUAUCGGGAAGAGAAGAAGCGAUGCGAGUAUCUGCACAAGAAACUGUCGCAUAUCAAAGUCCUGAUCACAGAUUACGACAGAGCACAGGAGCUCUCCAGGUAACCUGGCCUCUACCCUCUGCAAGGGUGCGAAACAACUGGACCAAAAGACUCGUAAUGGACCCAAAGACUGCCCAGCUGGGUCCCCAAGUCGCUGAGACACUAUUCACUUUACUCCUCAGAGUGUUAAUGGAAUUGAGGAGCGAGGUUCUUAUUCAGAAGUGGGCUGAGACCACCGACUCGUGAUCAAAUGUUACCCUUUAACGCUACGGUUUUCAGCUCCGAUUGUCGCUGUAAAGGCUGGAUUCUGUUCUGCUGUAAAACGGUCAGACGACACAGUGAAAGCCAACAGAUGUGAUGCCUCAUGCCUGAUUGCAUUAUAUCAUUUAUCUUGUCAGAACUAAAAAAGUGUUGAUCUUUAAGUAUUAAAGUGAUCGUACAAUCAAUCAUGGGGUAAACAAAUGCUACUAAAGUCUUUAUAUUUAAAUACAGGGGAAAUUGUUUAUUUGCUUCUUGCUGAUAGAAAGUCGAAUUAUGACGUAACACAUUCAAACAAAUCAGUUAGUUGUCGCUCACAAGACGAUCGACAUGAACAGUGCAUCUAACUAAAGGCCGACAAAUUCAGUUAGUUAAUAUUUUGUCUCAGCAAGACAAAAUCUACCUUACAUGCAAAACGUAUAUUUGUGUAGGAAUAAGACAAAUCCUUUUCAAGCGUAAUAUGCCGAGUGAUUUCAAAACGUGCAACAAUAGAGGGUAUGCAUUGACGUCACUGCCGCCUUGGGCCACGCCCCCUUGAGUGGCAAAAAACACCUUGAAAUGUAUCAGUAAAUACAGCGAGACCAGGAAAAUGUGGAUUAUCAGAUGAAAUUAAGGACAACUGGACUCGACAAUGAUCAAAACGAACUAGUAUGGAUUUAGAAACGUGGGUUAGCCUCAGUUUCCGUUAGUUUAAAGUAAUUACAUUAUGAUAAAUGUAGCUAAUGCUAAGAUGCUAAUGCUAAAAGAUUUAGCAAGAAGUAACGUUAGGCAUGCAAUACUGUAGCGUUGCAUCGGACGUUAAAAGGACGAUGACGAGUGAUCGCAAAUAUUAUUGUAUUGUUACUUAUUGUUGGAACUUGAAUAGUUUCUGUUGGCUGUAACUACACCAAAACAGCAACAUCGACAAACUUCCUCCAAGUAUGACAGUAUAAAUUAAUAUUACCUGACACGAAACGUGAACCACAACAUCAGGUUUCUGUGCCCAUUUACUUUUCUUUCAAAAGCAGCCGUAGAUAAAUUUUAACAGCUGUCCCCGACUGCUUUUUGAAAUCUGUCGGUACAGUCAAUCGCACAACAGCUCUUCGCCUUCUUUUUAAAAUUAAUUUUACAAUUUAGACGCUUUUAAAGCUUAUGGUUCAAACUUACGCUGCUCUUCUGUCUACGUUCAACUGUCACUUUUUUGCCACCCAGUGGCCGUAACCAUGGUUACUUCGCUUGCUGUGACGUCACGUGCAUACCCUAUUUGUCUUCACUCGAGACAUCACGGUUAGGACCGAGCUUCUUUGGACUUGUAUCAUGUAGCCUUCUGCUAACGUCCUGUUUCAUUUCCAAGAAAUGACGGGACUGCCACAAAACGACUCCUCGCAGUACUGUAACAACGGUCUCAGUAUAGUGCUCGUUGCACAACUAGUGUCAACUUCACCCACAUGUAGCCUACACUACCAUAAACUGCCUUUUCUACUACGGAAUGGAAAAUCAUAAUCGACCCUCAAAAAUCUCUCGAGUCUCGUGAUUACUGAUGGGUUGUUUUUUGUUUUUGUUUUUGUUUGUUUUUUUCACUUUCCAUGCAGUUUUAAACGUGUACAGGGUAUUUAUCUUGGUAAUCAACACAUUUCUAUUUCCUAUGUUUUUGUUUCUGUUCUCGGUCUCGAUGAUGUUAAAUGUAGGUUUUUUGGUGGAACAACAAUAAUUCGCAUCAGUGAGUUUUACAUUUAAAUGUCAAUCUGCUGAAUGUGAACAGAGAUGCCUUUGCCGGACUGGGUCGUUCUCGAGCAGGAUGGCACUAUGCGUUUGCUCUUUGAGUGAAGACCACUUUGGUUCAGUUGGCUGUAAGGAGAAGGAUGAACUCUAGAGGCUGCUAGCGAGGCUCAUUCCACACUUUCUUGAAUUGCUUGUACUGAGUCAGGUGCAUCUGAUUACCUGAACUUUUUUUUUUAUCAUUAUUAUUAUUUCACCUUAAUUUAGCUGUGGCCUAAAGUAGAAAUUAGGGAUCAGAUUUCACUGUUCUUUGGACAUUUCCACCAAUGUAGCUGUACUCACAACUGUUGUCUUAAUGAUAGCUUAACAUAGGAGAAUUAAGCUAAUAUUUGCCUUUACACGCCCCCAUUCGUCAGACAUUUCCACGUUUCUAGCACCUGAAAUCUCCUUGGCUUAACCUGCACAGUUCAAAGUGUUCUCUGAUUCUCUCUGUCGUUUAGUUCAGUUACUGGGUAGUUAUGUUGUCUAGUGUGUGUUGUUCUUGUUCGUGUUUUUUUUUUUGUUUGUUGUUGUUGUUUUUUCCAUGUACAUCUCAAAUCUGUUUCAGUUUCAGCUUGUCUCGGUAUCUGUCAGAUAAUCAAUAAGUGUACAUAAAUUUAAUAUGCUGUGCAAUCCAGUCUGGUGCCACUAUCUAGAGAAAGACACUCUGCAGAAAUCUGUACAAAACGUGGACACUUGGCUAAUCUUGAUUUCUCUGUGCAAACACAAAAGUGAGUUUAUGGUCACAUAUGUAGCACCUCUCUUCCAAACUAAUUAACGCAUUUUUUAUUUAAUUUUUUUCCAUCCAAUACUCAUUUCUAAUGAUAAGUUUGAAGGAUUUGAGACAGUUGCUCCGUCGUGGCACAUAUGAGAGUUUCCAAGUAAGGAAUAUUUAUCACCACGGAGAACUGGAAAAAAUGAUAAUUGUGAGCCCGGGAAGCAUUUGCCAGCUUUAAGCAUUGAAUUUAACCAAAGCUAAAAAAGGCUGUACUCUCAAAGCUCUGGUACAUCUGCAGACUUUAUUAUUCUUCCUGGUUGGUUAUCUUCUCAGGACCAGACCUCUUUGGAUUCAAUUGUCUGGUGAAAACGUUCUGUAAACACACACACGACGAGAAUGACUGACAGCACCCUAGUUAUUAGCUCUGGUACUGGGUAGAAACCCUGCGUGGUUUAAACGUGUACGGCCUGCUCGGAUAUACAAAUUAAAUCCUUUUGCAUUUUGCAUAAUUUGUUUUAAUUCAAAGCAGAAAGGUACAGAAACAUUUCCUUAUUAUUAAUGAGGGCAGGAUGAACACGUUUAGACGAUGAGAUGCUGAAAGAAGAAGUACUUCAAGUUAAGGGCUUCCCAAUUCCCACUAACGUAAUGAUGAUUUAUUGUGUGAUUUGAUCAAGUGAAGUGUAUCGUGGAUGACACUCCCUGGGUAAAAUGUUGCUGUAUGAUGAAGAUUAAUUGUGGUCCUUGUGUAAACUUGUGUUUGGGGAGCGGUGCCCACGACGAAAAAGGGUUUUCAAGUUCCAUCCGUCACGUGUUGUUUCGUUUUGUUUGUGAAACUGUUGCAGGAGCCAACUCCUGAAUGUGCCUUUUUCAUUCAGAAAACAGAGUAAUUCUGCACGUAUUAACUAUCAGUGGUGUUUUGGAAAAAUUAAACUUGGGCCAGCAGUAUUUCCACGUCUGUAGUUUAACACUGUUGCCACUUUUCAACGUGCUUUGUUCAAUAUUUUUUAAUUAUCUCAGAUGCCUUGAAGAAUGCAUCAGCUCUUUUGGCAAAGCCGUGUAUUUUAUUUUAGUUUCCAGCUAUGGAAAUGUUGCCCUCCAGACGUAACAGCCAAAACUAAUUCAAAGCCACUUAAUAUUUGCUUAGAUUUGUGUUUGAAGUUUCAAGUUUCAGAUGGUUGGUACUGGAAAAGAAGAAAAACAAAAAAAAAAACGUCUCAAUCUCAAUGUGAAGUCAAACCUCUUGUCUGCUAUAAAUCACUACAUUCGAUCUACUUAGGAGAACAAAUUUCUUUAUUUAUUGCUUUACGUGUUUGUUCUUUUAUUGGAUUCAUCUUUUGUUCAUUCUUGUCACAGCAAAACUCAAAGUAUGGUGAAAGGGAAAUGGAAUAUAUUUUUGCAAUCUUUGAUGGUGGUCGCUUUAUCACAUCAUCCUCUCUAGAAAAGUUUUCGAGAAUAAAAAAAACAAACAAAAAAAAGUGUAUUGUUGUCUCAGUGAAAUUGAAAAAUAAAGCUCUUUUCAACUCAA